GCUUUUGGAGACGGGAGGAUGAAAGCUGAGGCGGGAGAUCGUCGUUUCGGCCCCGUUCACCAGUAACAGCGGACUAUCACUGAAUCCUCUUCAUCAAGAGCUGCAGUUCUCGCACUCGGCCUGUUGGUGGCGCUGCUGUAUGGAGGCGCUCAGGCCACAGACGGACUCCCGAUGUACGGAGUGAAGCUGUGCGGCAGAGAGUUCAUCCGGGCGGUCAUCUUCACCUGUGGAGGCUCGCGGUGGAGGAGGUCUCUGGAUGUCUCAGGUGACCUGUCCAGUGACCCGCUCUCCACUCAUGACGACGAGGCGUCUGACAGCUGGGACCCCAUCCUCCUCCCGGGACUGUCCCACAGACCCCGUCCCGACGCAGAGGGCCUGGCCUGGGCCGGACAGAGUCAGGAGAGCCCCGUGUUCAGCCGUCCCGCUCGCUCCAUCAUCUCAGAAGGAGUGCUGGAGGCCUUGCGCACCUCGGACCGGAAGGGUCGGGACGUGGUGGUCGGGCUGUCCAACGCCUGCUGUAAAUGGGGCUGCAGUAAGAGCGAGAUCAGCUCGUUAUGUUAAAGAACUGCACGAUCCCAUUCCCCUUCCACUUCCAUCCCAGCCUUCCCAGAUGUGCAAAAUGAAGAGGUUGUUCUGAUGAAAAUACUUGUUUCAUUGCCAAAGUAAAGCGCUUGUUUGUUACCGUUUGUUAUCUCUUCAUCUCUGUCUUUGUAUGUUCUUGUGUGGUCUUUGAUUUAAUAACAGCAAACAGGAAUAAAGUUUUGAUUGGUUAGAUAGAGUUUAUUGUAAUUUGGUUUAUAUUGGAUCAUUCAAUAUAAAGUUUAUAGAGUGCACACUUCAGUUAUAUGCAGUACAAUAAAAAAAAUAUCUAUAAUUGCUAACAUAGCUUAGCCUAAAGCAUUUAUUUUAUUUUUAUGUAUCCAGGAAGGUCCCAUUGAUAUUAAAAUAAAUUACCAUAUUAGCA